UGUAGCCACCCUAUGGGGCAAGUCAAUCACCAAGUCCACAUGGUAGGAAUGUUUUCAAGAAGGGCAUUAUGGGUAGCUGUCUGUAUGGCAACCGCUAUCAACCAAUACACUAUCAAGGAGCAUGUACUGCUAGAUGCUAAGAGGCACAAUGGCUUUUUGCAACAAUGAGUACUUUGAGAAAAUUGGACAUAUUCAAGAGAACAUGCACGACAUGGAAAAGAGGAGGCUUGAACUAGAAAGAGAUCUGUUUUCCUACUGCAGGUCUGACCAACGAGUUGCACAGUUGAAACAUGCCAAGCUGCGGCGUUAUCUCAAGGAGAUCUCUGUGAAAGAGGAGCAAGCCAAAGCAAGAAAUCGAGAGCUUCUGAAAAGUGUGGAUUCAGUUGCAUCACAAGUGGAUCGCCUUUGGCCUAAUCGCAGCUCACUGCAUCACAUGAAGAUCGAGUGCUGGAAUCGAAUUUCCAAACUGAGGGAAAAUCAGGAGAAACAGAGAGCAAUCUUAAAAAAGAAGAGCAAGGAUUUGCCACCAUCAUCUGCAAAAACUCUUCCACAGCACCAGCCCUCAGUCAUCUUCAUGGAUCGGCCGACCAUCGGAGAUCCCUGCGUUGAUCGUGACACGAGUGUACUCUCACCGUGGCUGUCACACUCGCCGCCUAAUCACCACCGGCAACCUUUGCUUCCGAGUGGCCUUUUGAAGGAUGCCUGCGUUUCAAAGGCCAGUGCUGGCACAGACUUAUCAGAUGGCAUUCUAGACUUCCUCCAGCUUCCUGAUGGUGCCGCUCCGAGCGAGCGUCAUGAAAGGAGGACGCCCGGAGUGCCAUCUGAUUGCGGCUCCCCUGUGAGGGCCGCAGAAGCACCUGCCGAGUCCUCACCUCAAGUGACCUUGAGAGGACCCAAGUCGAUCUCGCCUGGACCUGCUCCACAGAGACUUAAGAGGAGCUCCUUGCCACCGUCCAGUUCGCACCAGAAUAGUUCCCAUGAUGCUCCUGUGGACCCAAUCUCCCUUCAACGCGACUGUGGAGAUGGUCCACUGAGUUCUUUGCACAAGCUUGGCGAGAAUUUGGAAAUAGCUCAAGGACGUGAGGUGGAAUCUAGCCCAGCUCCACCUAGUCCCAGCCUAUCCAGUUCCAGUGUUGAUAUAUCGGCAGAGUCUUCUGUGAAGAUUGACAGCGACGUCUCAAUCUCCAUCAGUGAUUGUGAUCUUCAGAGGUCCGUCAAGACGAGGGUUUCCAGUCUGAGGCACUCAGAAAAGACUAAGGACCUACCCAAGGACAAAACACCACCCAAAGUACCACAGACAACUGUACAAGAUGGCUCAGACUGCUCAUCUCACAGUUCUGCCACAGACAGGCUGUCAUUAGAUGGUCUGUCCUAUUUGCUUGACCAUAUCGAAAGAUGUCUGCAAAGCAGCGACAAGGAGGCGUACCAUGACCUGGCGGUCAGCCAGCAGCAACUCGGCGACGUGAUCAGCCUUUGUCAGGGAAAGGCUGCCCUGAAUGGAGAGGCACUGCAAGCAUGUGGCGCGGUCGCCGUGCAACAGCUGCAGAGGUUGUCAUGGAGCACGUCAAAAGGAUGCCUAUUACCCUGGGAGCUGGUCAGGGCGAACUGGGACUGCACUGAGCAGACACGAAUAAGGUCAUGCCUGCCGGCUGACAGUGUUCCCCUGUGGGACCGCUGGCUCCGCCACGCCCUGCUGCUGAGGAAGCUGGAUGUGCUGACCUGCGAGGAGGUCCUGCAGGUCUUCACCCCUGUCCUGGUCCAGCCCAACGCCCCGUACACAGACAAGGCGGAGGUGCUGCUGAGAGCACUCUUCAACGACGCCCCUCUGGACUUAUCUUCGACCCCAUCAGACAACGAGGACUCCUCCUCGGCUGGCUUGCCUUCCAUUGUGGGCGACAGCGAUGACAUCCAGCCUGAGAGGCCGGCCAUUCAGAGGCCAUCUCUCAGUUUAGCCAUGCACGGAGUACAAAGUGGUGAAGAGGAGAGUGCUGACCAGGGCUCGUUGGAAAGUAUCCCUAUUAGAGAGACAAAGGCCUAUCAGUUGCUUAAACAGUCUGCCUCGCAGGUCAGGCAUUGGAGCAGCAAGGCAGACAAAGAAGAGCUGGAGGAAGGGGAGGACGAGGAUGAUGAGGAAGGCUCCAGUCUGGAGCCACCAGGAUCGUUAGCCAAAGAAAAAAAUAGAAUGGACUGGGGGAAGAACACCACUACUCAAAACUCGUCUUUUCGCAAAGAGAAAACCAAAGCUGAGGCCCUUUCAGCCAUCCAAUCAAAAGCUUUUUGGGGAGAAUCAGAUGACAGCAAUUCGGACAUUGAAAUUGCCUUGCGUCCUCAGUCUUGGAAGUCUGGUGAUGACACUGAUGAUUUCUACGACUGAUUGCAACCUCUGGAAAGAACAGUUAAUGCUGGUGCCGGCAAAACCCUUGUUCGGAGGUUGUGCUUAUGUGCUCUUGUUUGCUCUUGAAGCAUUCACAACUGUGCAUUCUAUUAGAAUAAAUAAAGGGACCUCUUAGUUGCUGGCGAAAGAAUGUGGAGGAUUUUUCAAACACGCCAGUGCUAACCCUGCUUGAAUCUCUCCAUCUGAACAGUCCUUGUGACUGGUUGAAAUAGAUUAAACUUUGCUUUUAAAGCCAUUCCUUUGCACUGUGUUGCAUAUUAUGAAUUUUAGAUUUUGCAGGCGUCUCAAAAUUUGUCAUCGCCGGAGGGCUUGAGUGGGCUGCUUUGAGUCAACACUGGUGAGAGCCAGCCAGUUAUGGCCACUCUGAACAGUGGCAGAACACCUUUGAACUCAGUGAAGUACCAGCACUAGGAGAACAAAGUGUGUCAUAGCUGUCUAAAAAUGGAAGCAAACAGUUUUUUCCCCUCUCUGCAGUGACUCUUAUAAACCAAUGUUUGCACACAUAAAAUAUGACACUUUCGUGCAACUGUGAAUACCUGCCGAAUGAGAGCGUAAUCAAGCAUUUAUAUAGUGAAUGCUGUUCAGUCAUGAAAAGACGUAGUAGCUUAAGGGCUCUUUUCGUUUUUUGGGGACAAUGCUUACAAAGGUUGUGACAUGGUAAUGGGUACAUUUUUAUAUACUGUGUAUGAAUAAAAUGUGCUUUUUAA